AUAUGUACAAUAUAAUCUUCUAAGCCUUUUUGCUCGUUGCUGUACCAUCGAUGGCUUUUCCCCUCUGUUGCCUCCCAGCUUUGCUUUAUCUAUCUGUGCUCAUCACCAAGGCUACUGCAGAUGCAAACUUCACGAUGUCGAAAGCAGUAUACUACCCCGACUCUGAAACAAGCGGUACCGAAACUGGAGCAUGUGAGUAUGGAGCGUUUGGGGCAAAACUCAAUAAUGGCGAUGUUUCAGCAUCAGCAAGUCUCUAUAGGAAUGGGGUAGGCUGUGGUGCAUGCUACCAGGUUAGGUGCACAAAUCCUUACUACUGCUCCCCAAGUGGUGUGACAAUUGUGAUCACAGACUCUGGGGCAAGCGAUGGGACUGACUUCAUCCUGAGCCAGCACGCAUUCGCUGGAAUGGGGCAGAACAAGGACGCUGGUGCAACACUGCUGAACUUUGGUUAUGUUGGAAUUGAGUACAGGAGGGUUCCCUGUAUCUACCCAGGCAAGAAUAUUAUAUUCAAGAUUACUGAGAGCAGCCAUUUCCCCUACUAUUUUGAAUUUGAGAUCUGGUAUCAACAAGGCAACCAGGAUAUCAUUGCAGUCCAGCUAUGUGAGACUGUAAACCUGACAUGCCAGCUUCUGAACCGAACUCAUGGUGCAGUAUGGGCUGCUGUCUCCCCACCAAGUGGUCCUCUGUCCAUAAGGAUGCUAUUUAGCAGUGGAGCACCACAUGGUGGCAACCAGAAAUGGCUAGUUCCCACAAGCAUAAUACCACAGAACUGGACAGCAGGGGCCACGUAUGAUUCUGGGGUCCAAGUGCAGCUGCAGUAGCUAUGAUCGAAUAUGCCACAGGAUUAUAUAGCUAGUAGGAUCAUUAAUUGUUCCCUUGCCUUCUAUAAUAAUGUAUAAUCUUGCAGCCUAUUUAUUGUAAUAUUUGAAGAUUUUGAUGCAUAUAUAUCAAUAAUUUCUCAUUGAAGAAUA